AUGGUCUACAGAGGAAAGCCGGGGCUGGGGUGUGCCCUGUGCCGAAAGCGGCGCCUGACGUGCGAUCGACGUCGUCCGUCUUGCUCGCAAUGCUUGAGAGUGCAGCAAGAGUGCACGGGGUAUUGGGACCCGAACACUUUAAGAGUCCAGAAUCAGACCGAAGAGGUGACAAUGAAGGCUCGAGCUCGAGCUACCUUGUCGCGAAAGCCGGCUACGACGGACCGGCCGACUUCACCGAAUUCCCCAGUGGAUAUACUUCCUCCGCCUAUUUCAGACGAUGGAAGAGCCAUGUCUCAUGUCUUCACCUAUUAUGUGGGAACCGUCCAGGACCAAGGCUCUCUGUGGUACUUGCCGAAGCUGCUGACAACGAACCCUUCUUCUGCGCUCCAAGCCACAAUCAAAGCUGUGGGGGUGGCAAGUAUGGCGAGAAUGCACAAAUUGCCUAAAUUACGGCGCGCAGCGGUAGCAGAAUAUGGCCUAGCGUUGCGUGCUACCAACGAAGCGCUAAGAGACGAAGUGUUAGCAAAGUCCGAUUCUACUCUGGGGGCUGUAGUAUUGCUUAGUACAUACGAGAUGAUCACAUCGGAAGCCAAAUCCUCGGAAAUUAUGCGUUCCUGGAUGAACCACGUCCAAGGCGCAACAAGCCUGCUGGAGCUACGAGGUGAAGAGCAAUUAGACUCAGAGUCCGGGUUUGAAUUGUUUACUAUUGUGCGGUUACAAAAUGCACUAAGCGGCGUGUUCUUCAGAUAUUCGGGCCAUAAUUCAUCAAGGAUGAAAGAGUUAUCAAGAUUGGCAAGAUCUAAGAGAGACGAACACUCGCUGCCAAUUGAAUCUUUAUACACCCUACUACUUGACUUGAACGAUCUAUCACUUAAAAUCGAAAAGGCGGACUAUUCUGUUGAGGCUCUAGGGUCUUUGCUCGGAGAAGCCCUUCAUCUUGAAACCGAUUUAAGAUGCUGGGCCAUGUCCCUAAGCCCACGCUGGCAGUAUACAGUCAUCAAGAACUCGAGUCUUCCUUCUGAGAACGAUGUUCGUUUUCUCGUACAUGGUGAUAGCUAUCAUGUGUACCACGAUCUCACCAUUUCGUCCAUGUGGAACCAUUAUCGUCAAACGCGCAUCAUUGUCAGUCAAAUGAUUAGGUCCAUGGCUCUGUAUAUUUGUGAGCUCCGUGAGUCGCCUGAAUGUCGACAGAUGGUUUCCGAGUUUACUUCCACCAUCAACCAGCUGGUCGAUGACGUUUGCGCUAGCGUUGCAUAUCAUUUUCUAUUUGGUACCCCCUGGCUUACAGGUGCAAUCCGGCUAUCAUGGCCUCUACUCAUCUCAGCCAUUUGUACGGAAAACUCUGCCACCCACGCGUGGAUCUUGCAAACCUUCGAUACGAUUGCAGCCAUGACAGGAUUUCAGCAACCGCUUGGCAUGCUGCAGCGCAUCAGAGACGGUAGCAUAAAGGGUCUCAUUCCUGGGACACAACGAAUAAUAAUGCAAGCAUCUUGA